GUCUCGCGGAGAGGACGUAGGGGGGAGGGGCGAAAGGCUGCAGACAGGCUCUCCUCCGUCGGCAGCCUGCGGGCGCACUGAGACGUACGUUUGAUCGCAGGCCGCGCGCGCGCGCCUCCGGUGGGCGUGGCUGUUCCGCUGAGUGGGCGUGACUUUCCAUGGCGCGGCCGCGGUGGCGGAGUCCGCGGAGCCGGAAGCGCUGUCGUUACUCUUGCGUUGGGAGCCGGGGCGCGGAGCUUCCGCCAUGGAGGGCCCCGGGCCUGGGCUCGCCGCGCGGCCGCUCACCGAGGAUGAAAUGGCGGAGGUGAAGAAGGAAAUACUACACUGAUGGGGGCCAUAUAAGCACCUAGAUGAAGGCUUUAGAAAGGAUGCGUCCCUAUUUGUGUGACAAAAUUAUAGCGGAGAGACACUUUGAUUAUCUGCGUUCAAAGAAAAUACUCACUAGAGAAGACGCUGAAGAAAUAUCUUGUCGACCCUCAAGUAGGAAGAAAACUGGGAAGUUAUUGGACUACUUAGCAGAAAAUCCAAAGGGACUAGAUACUUUGAUUGAAUCUAUUAGACGAGAAAGAACACAGAACUUCCUGUUAGAAAGGAUAACUGAUGUAGUGUUGAAAGUCAAAAAUGAAAAACUUGAAGCUCUCAAAGGUCUGAGCUGCAGCAGCUGUAUGACUUCAGUGUAUGGAGGAACAAAUAAUCUUUCUAGGUCAUAUUCUGAUGAAUCCAAUUACUAUGAAAAAGUAAAAGAAUCUACCCAUAAUCAACCAGAAGAACAGUUUAGUACAGCUGUUUUUAUGUCUGCUUCAUCUCUUCGGUCAAUGAAUUUACCAAUUGUGGAGAUGGGAAGCACAGAAAACGCAGUCUUCUCAACCACGCUUCCAGGUCCUGGGGAUCCUGGAGCACCCCCUCUUCCACCAGAACUGCAGUCUGAACAACAGGAAGCCAGUGCCAGUUCAAGUGACAAUCGUUUUCUGCCUUUAAGAUCUCGUUCUCUUCUACCACAAUGACGUCGUUGACUCUUUUUCCUGUCUGUUUACUUAAAGGGGACGGGGGGGAGUGUUGUGAGACUUUUACAUAUCUUUGCAGGUGGCAUACAGAAUGUUUCCAAACUGUUAAAUCACAAAUAGGGGAAAUAGCCUAUAUGAGUUGCCAAAAAAAAAAAAAAAA